AUGAAACGGAAUGCGAUUACCUGUCGAAUUUCGACGAAUUUGAUCGAUUCGAGAUCGAAUCUGAAUCUGGAUUUUCGAUCGGCGUCGUUGAUAGUGUUCGUGCUCGUAUCAACACUUCUAGUGGUUGCCUUUCUGAUCGCGGUGCUGAGUCCGUUACCUGAGGUGGCCAUCUGGCACGACGAUAAUGACACCUGGACGAAUUACACUGGCAUUAAACUCGGCAGUGGGCAUGUGCCAUGCACGGCUACCCCAGGUGUCUUUAAAAAACUGAUUUCAGGUCUUUAA